AUGAGCGAAGAUGAUCACAAAAUUACAGUGGAGACGGAAACGGUAGAGGCGCCAGUUUCGAGCCUACUGAUGUCGACUGCGGAGGCUAACAGGCCGUCGUCUGUCAAGCAGAACGCUGGGGCUGGGGCUGGGGCUGGCGGGGUUGGUAGCAGCAACGCAGCUGGUACAGCGGCUGGCGCCGCUGUAUCGGCUGCGGAUGCUGAGAGCGUUACGCUGGAUGAGGGAGGAUUGGCAAAUUCGCAGGGACAGAGACGUUCGCAGAGCAACACGAAUGGUUUGCCUGAGUCGCAGUCUCAUGUGGCUAGUGGAUCUAAGCCUUUGUUGGUGCGCGACGGAGCUGUGGGGGGCAGCACUGUCCCUGGCACCAACAUUAAUCUGAUAGAUCUCAACCCGCUAUCGCCUCACGUAACGCAGACGUCUUUGAGGAAUAAGAAGAGCUCUUUGCUGAUAGAUUCGUCCCUGUCACACAAGGGCAAAAAGGCUAGAGACACCGAGGAAGUACCGAAGCAUUCGACAACUGGAUCUAAGAAAGAUGGGGAUUCCGCGCUGGUGGCGUCUUCGGAAGAUGCUCAUAAAAAAUCAGACAGCAGUCAAAAUCACACUCUUCAGCACAGCAUAUCCAAUCAUUCGUCCAAGAAUGGUUCGGCCGUACCCACGCCUUUGAUGCUUCCGGUGGCAGCUACAGCAAUCGAUUCGAAAUCUUCCAAGACGCUAGAACGAUCAAAAGCUCCCCUGAUGCAUUCCAGAGAAAUUCUAUUGGAAGACAACAAUGCCCUUACAAACUCGCUUGCGCUCAAUAAUAGCAAUAACAAUAAUAACAAUACAAGUUCGAAUAAGGCCGGAUCGUCGACGAAUAGCAACGAAGACCCUUUGAAUGUACGGCAUCGCUCUUCUUCCGGUCAUCGCGCGGGUGAUGAAGAUUCUGAUCACGAAUUAGAUGCAACGAAUAAGCAAACGAAAGCCGAUGUAUUCGCGGCCAGACUAGCCUCUGCUGUUGGAGAAAAUGAAAUAAGUGAUUCUGAGGAGACUUUUAUCUAUGAAUCUGCAGCAAACUCUACGAAAAAUACUGUGACACCAAUACGAAUUGACAUGCAGCUCGAUCAAUCACAGAGCCAGCAAGUCAACCAUGGUAUUGCUUCAAAAAUGAGUGUUCCUGUUCUAAACAACAAUGCAAAAUUGUUAACGAGACUUAAAGAUACAAGACACACAAGCAUGGGUGCACUUCCUCUGAAUGCAUCUACAAAAAAUGUAAAUUCUCCACAGUUUACGCCUAUGAACAAUGUAUUAACGGGUAUGCCAACAAGUUCACUGGCAAACACUAGUACAAAUGCCCCCCAAGCAGAUGAUUUAAAAAGUAUGAGUUCAUCUAACCGCCAGAAUAAUAAUGUGAAUUCCAACAAUAAUAGCAACAGUCGACAGAUCGAUAUGCAGUCAGUCAAGUCAUUUGUUUCGGAACCACGAUCACCUGAUAAAAGAAUGAGUUUAAUUUCAUUGACCAAAGGUACUAACAAUAUAGGGGUUACGAAUGGGAAUAGGAACGGUAACACAUAUAGUACGAAUAACAUCAAUUCUAAUGCUCCAAUUAGCAACAGUAAUAAUACUAAUAAUAUUAAUAACACUACUAAUACUAAUAAUAAUAAUAAUAAUAAUAAUAAUAAUAAUACGAGUAAUAAUUUAUACAAUAACAGUAUGAAUAAUACUAAUAAUAAUAACAAUGCAUUCUCAACUUCGAGAAAACCCUCAGUAUCCAACUCCACAUUAAGGCAUUUUACAUCAUCACAAGCAGCCGUCCCAAGGACCAAGGCACCGUCUUCUGAUGGUAUCAGCAGUGCAGUGAUCAAUCCGGCCAAUAAUGGUAAGAGGAACCUAAGAACUACUGCGUCAAAACUAUUUGAUGCCAACGGAGCUCCAUUGAGGAGGUAUUCUGGAGUACCGGAUGAUGUUAAUCUUGAGGAUUACAUCGAGCAAUCAAAUGGACAUCUAAUGACGACAACAUCAAACAGCAUUAAAAGAGAUGAUAGACUCAAAAACUAUAUGGAAAACAAUCAUCUCAAUGAUUUCAAACGUGCUAGUCACGAUUUAACAGAUUUUGAGCAUACAAGCGCAAUACAGGAGGUAGCAGAGGAACGCACUGAUCAAGAGGCCGAUGAAGAUGAUAUGCGUUCUAUGUUCUAUUAUAAUCAUCGAGGUGAUUUGGAAGCAAGGCCCCAAAUUUCAGACUAUGAUCAAGAUGACGAUGAUGAAGAAUUAGAUGAUGAUAAUCAGGAUGAUCACUAUUAUAACUACUCUUAUGGUAACGAUUAUGUGAGCAAUAGCAACAUCAAUCCAAAUUCGAACCUGAACAGACAGGGUAGAUAUUUUGGUACAUUACCAUCCACACUUCAACCAAAUGGGGUUUACAGUCACAACGGUCCAUUUAAUCCAAAUGCUAAUGAAUACACUUCAUUACAACCAAAAAAGCAGUUCUUGAGAGAUCCGCUAGGGUACUCACCUCACAAUUUCUAUACGAGGAAAUCUUCAUGGGCCAAAAUUAAGCAUUUUAUCUAUUUCACAUUUGUUGUUGUUUCGCUGUUGACGGUGGGAUUUAUCCUGGGUUUCCUAUUAGCAACUAAUAAAGAGCUACAGGACUUUAAUAUUAUCAUUAUAGAUAAUAUUUUAUCGAGCGCGGAUGAAUUACUGUUCGAUAUCACGGCCACAGCGUUCAAUCCAGGGUUUUUCGUAUUGCAGAUUCAGGAUGUAAAUUUGGACAUUUUUGCUAAAAGUGCAUAUAUUGGCAAGACCAAAGAGCUGCAGGAUGAAGAUAAGCCACCCGCAAUGGAGACUUUGAAACUUGGAACCGUUUAUAAACUGGAAACCCCAUUGAAGUUCGCUGGCGGCUUCAUCAAAAGAAACUAUGAUGUUAGUGUAUCAAGUGUCAAACUAUUAGACCCCGGAGCAAAGCUCGAUUCUCCCGAGGACAACGAGAGUCGUUUUUUAUCACCUGGACAAGACAAAGAUGAUGAGACAAAAAAAUGGAGAUCUCUAAUCAAACACGACUAUGACUUGAUUUUCAGAGGUAAUAUGAAAUACAAAAUCCCGUUUUUCAGAAGUGAAAAAUCUAUUGCAGUGCAGGGAAGCGUCGAAGUGCAUCCAGAUAAAGACGAUGAUGAUCAAAAUACAUCACACACAUCUUCCCCCAUAGUUUUGUUGUGA